AUGGCUAUCCACCAUAAGCAAGACCCAAUUGUCUUGGUCAUAGAUUUCCACCAUGCACGAGGCCCCGAGAUUGAGCAUUGUAUUGCCGAAGAAGGAACCGAUCCAGCAACCGAAAAUGACUGGUCCCUUUUACCAUUUAUGGCUUUAUCUGACGGAGCGCAUCUGUCAACUGAGGAAUUCUCGUACUUCACGCUCUGUCGAAAGGAAACGCCAACUAUCCCCGCAACUUCUCUCUUUGGUAUCUCCUGCUCCCGCCAGAUCGACGCGAGUCUGCUCAUCAAUCGCUCGGCCGAUGUGACACGGUCAACGGUACAGAAGGCUGUCGUGGUCGUUACGGAUACUCCACAGCGAGUGGGUCAAUUGCGCGAGAAGCUAUCCGUGGUAACAUCGGCAUGGUUUGCGCAACGUGACUUUUCAGAUAUUGAUAUCCUGAAGAAAUUCCGGGAGGGCCUGGUGAUUGCUCUCCUGAACGAUGGCCCAACAGAUCAGAACUUGGGUAAGAAGGCUGGCCGUUACGAUCGAUUUGAAUCUCCGCUGAAUUUUGAAGGGCUUUCGCUUCGGGAAAUGAUUCACGAAUUUAAAUCUCAGACAUUGGUUCUUUUCAAGGCUCUGUUGUUGCAGCCCAAGAUGCUUUUCUUUGGGACACGCUGUGAACGCUUGUGCAUGAUUCAAUUUUCACUUAUAUCUUUAAUACCCGGUCUCAUCAACAGCCUGCAAGACUGCGCAGACCCUGCUUUUGACACCUACUCUCAGACGGUUGAGAAGCCAACCUCUCUUAAGACGAGUGACAGAAAGUCUUUAUUGGCAUACAUGGGUCUUCCGCUACAAAUAUUUGGGAAGGGAAGCAUGUUCGGCCCCUAUACCCCCUCCCUCCAGCUGCUGGAUCUGCUGGCGGAUGAUGGGACGAAAUCAUAUGUUGUUGGGUCAACAAAUUCCCUGCUCCUGCAACAAAAAGAUCGCUAUAGUGAUAUCUUAAUCAACCUGGACGAAGAUAGUAUCGUCAUCAACACUCCCUCUCUCCGAAAUGCUCUGGCUCUUUCUGCGGCUGACAGGCGCUGGAUCGAUCUCCUCACUCAGAUUGUCAACGAUACUUGGGAUGAGGAGCACCCUUCGCAGCCCAAGACACUUGGCUUCAUGGGCUCAGAAGAGUUCAUUAGGCUACAAUUUGAGGAAUACUUGUUGGCAUUGUUAUCCUCCAUGAAAUACCACGAGGAGCUGUGCUCGGUCAAUAACGGAGAAUCUCCCACUCGCAGCAAGGCCCAAUUGCAGAACUUCAACAUCGAAGGAGACCCUGCAGUUGACUUCAACACAGAAUUUUUGACUCAGUGGCAAACCACCUCUAACUAUGCCAUGUUCUCACGUCUUACAUCAGAUGCGCUUCUAUUCUCCAUCACAGAACCACGUCACCCAAACGCCGGUGGUCUGACCAUGGAGGAUGUCCAACGACGCAUAUCACAGCAAGUAGCAGACCUUCACCUGGACGAACGAGUACGCGAAGGCCGCGAAGCACUGGGCCGCCACUUCUCAACUGGCCAAAAGAAAGUGAGCGCCGCAUUCAACAGCUUCUGGUCUGAUAUCGAGACAAUGCGCGAAGCACAGCGCAAGCGCAACGAAGAAAAAGCAGCCACUCAAUCGCAGCGCACUUCCAUUGACAAGGGAACUCCAGUUUCACCAACGCCCUCCAACGAUCCCAACGAUGCCUCCUGGGGAGCAGUCCGCCAGAGGCCCUCCAUUGACAUGACUCAAGCCCAAGCCUCAGUCAGCGCGGCAAGCCAAAAAGCAGGCGCAUACUUUAGCUCGUGGGGAUCAUGGGCCAGUGAAAAGCGCCGCGAAUGGCAAGACAAGCGCGGCACUUCGCCGAGCCCAAACGCCAAUGCAAACACUAUCACUUCGCCGUCCGCUCCAGCUUUGACCGUCGUCACCGAAAUCGCAGAGUCGGACCGCGGCCGUCGCCGCUCGAUCCAGCAAAAAAGUGAAGGCGACGCUUCCGAGGUCGGUCUCACCCGCAGCGUCAGUCGCAGAAAGCGAUGGAGCAAUAUCCUUCUUCGUCGCGAGAGCGGCGAGUUCCAGCACUGUGAUGAUGUCUCAACAUCCGAGUCUCAUGACGUUCCUUUCCCCAAAUCUCCUCUGUCGCAUGGCUUCCCAGCUUACGGCGACGAUGCGCACAAGCAGAGUCUUGAUAAGGGACGGGAACCUCACGGAGAAGAAAAGCCCUACCAGGAGAUUGUUGAUUCAGACGGGUUUGCUUCUGUGGCCCUCACGCCCAACGAAGGCCUAGGGCUGAGCUUGAAGGCCGAAAAGGAAAAAGAGAAUGUUUCCCCGGCAGAUCCCGAGGAUUUGAUCACCGCACUUCCGGUCAAGGAUGAACAUCCAGCCCAUGUUCAAGGCUCGUCUGGUACGAACUAA